GACCCGUCAGAAAUCAUGCCGGAAAUAUAACCGACCUGAGAAUCCAUAAGCAUAAAUAGAGCCUCAGGUAUACUCACCCAACAUCUGUACACGUGUCGUUCAUCUGUUUAAAAACAGAGAAAACAUGAGACACUAAACUGGAGAGGAGCCGGAGCCUAGAAAGAUAAGAUUUUCAUUUAGAGAGAGAGAGAGAGAGAGAGAGUUAGAGAGAGAUGAGAACAAGGAGAGGGCUUUGUUACCCUGGAGUUGUUGAAGGCAAGAACAUGAGAGUUGUGAAGCGAAGGAGAGAUUUCGCCGCCGAACGAUCUCGCCGGAAUUCCUCUGAUAUAGCUGGAAAGCGUGACUUGUUCGAUUCCUUGCCGGACGAUCUCGUCAUUUCCAUUCUCUGCAAACUUAGCCCCUCCGUUUUCGCCGACGUUCUCCUCACGUGCAAGAGAUUAAACGUUUUAGGGCUCAAUUCCUUAGCACAGCUUGAUUCUCGUCAAAGAAUCGUCAACAAGAUAUUGGAAACUUUGAAGAGGCAUCUCCCUGUUUCUGGCCAAGAGGGAUUACAUGUACUCAGGAAAAUUGUUAUAAGGUUUGAGGAAAAUAUUUAUACAUCUGCCACAAGCCAGUCAGAUUAUCUACGAAAAAUAUCUCUGAAAAUGCUUACAAUGGAAACUAAGUCUCAGAAUGCAGCAUCUCUAGAUUCCACAGCUCAGACAGGGCAUGCAAAUGGGGCUGAUUGGCAAGAGGAGGUCUAUCAAAAGAUCGAAACCAUGAAGGACUUGUACUUGCCUGAAAUAAGUGAAAUGUACCAGAAAGUUGCUGCUAAAUUGCAGCAGCAUGAUUCUCUUCCACAACAAUCAAAGUCAGAUCAGCUUGAGAAGUUGAAAGUAUUUAAGACUAUGUUGGAGCGUAUUAUAACAUUCUUACAGGUUUCCAAAAAUAAUAUAUCACCUGGUUACAGGGAGAAAUUGGGGUCAUAUGAGAAGCAGAUGGUAAAUUUUAUAAUCCCAAAUUGGCGUAAGAAGCCUGCACUGCAGCAAGGACAAGCUUCCGGCACCUCAUAUGCAAACCAUGCAACAGCCACCUCAACUUGCUCAAAUUCAGUCUCAUGAAAAUCAAUGAACCCUCAGUUGCAAUCAAUGAACUUACAAGGUUCUGUUCCAACAAUGCCGCAGAAUUCUACGUCAAGCCUGCAGCACAAUUCUAUGUCUUUAGAUGUAUGAUGAUUAGGGCUUGUGAUGUGAUGAAGUAUGCUAGAUAAAUGAUAGGUUGUUUGAGAUGCAUGAUUAGAUGUAUGGUAGGCUUUGUUUAUAAGCAUGAUAAAUGUAUGGUUAUGGAUGUUUGAUAUUAUGUUGAUUGUUAGAUGUAUGCUAGUGUACGUGUGAGUUAGAUACAA